AUGUUAGCUACUUUGGGGAUAAUGUUUGUAGGAACUGGAAGUAUUUUGGCAUCUAAUAGUAUGUAUAAUGUGGAUGCUGGGCAUAGAGCAAUAAAGUUUUCAAGAAUACAUGGGAUCAAGAAAAAAAUCUAUGGAGAAGGGACCCAUUUUAUGUUACCUUGGAUUGAAAGACCAAUAAUUUUUGAUAUAAGGGCAAGACCCAGAGUUGUUGUAUCCCUAACAGGAAGCAAAGAUCUUCAAAUGGUGAAUAUUACAUGUAGAGUUUUAUCCAGGCCUGAUAAGGAGAGGCUAAUAGAAAUAUACAGAAAUAUAGGGUUAGAUCAUGAUGAAAAAAUUCUUCCCUCUAUAAUUAAUGAGGUACUAAAAUCAGUAGUGGCUCAAUACAACGCUUCUCAGCUUCUAACUAUGAGAGAAGACGUGAGCAAAACUAUCCGAGAUUUACUGGUAAAAAGGGCUCAGGAAUUUAAUAUUAUUCUAGACGACGUUUCUUUGACCCAUCUAAGCUUUUCUCAAGAUUAUGAGAAGGCAGUCGAGUCAAAGCAAGUUGCUCAACAACAAGCGGAAAGAGCAAAAUACCUUGUUCUUAAAGCAAAUGAAGAGAAAAAAAGCAUUAUUAUUAAGGCUGAAGGUGAGGCAAAAGCUGCAAAGCUGAUUGGAGAUGCAAUACAUGAGAAUCCUGCAUUUAUUGCUCUUAAGCAGGUGGAAACCUAUAAGGAAAUUUCCAGUAUUUUAGCCAAAUCAACCUCCAAAUCACUCAUAAACCUUUCUUCAUUCUUACCAAAUCUCUCAAAUAGUAAUUCAUCAUCAUCGUCAUCUUACACGAAAUAA